CUCUGAAACGUCGCCCUUGCUUUUGUAAAUGAUGGGACGGCUCGGGUGCGAAGUGGCGACGCCGCACGCCUGGAGCAACCAAUGGGACAUUGGCGUCUACGAACGCUACUCGCGGCUCACGCCCGUCAAGGUCACAUUCGUGGCGGCAGCGCUCGUUGCGCUCAUCGUCGGAGGCACCCAGAUAUUUUCGGGUGCCGCGUGCAUGCACUCGACCCAGCGCUCAUCCGGUGGCGCAAUCGUCUCUGACGCGCCGAUCUGCUUGGACACCGGCUUUGACCGCCGUCGAGGCGCCCCCAAUAUGGACAUUUCCGUGCAACCCGACAGCAAUGGCUCAACGAUUGGCUUGACGAUUCAAGGUGGAUGGCCCGACGGGCUCACGAUUGCUCACUUUGUGUUGACGUUUCUCGGCGUCUUUACAACGUACAUCAUCCUCGGGCUGUCAACGGUGUCGGCGAUGCUGGCCUGGACCGUCUUUGCCGUCGCGUUUGCUGUCGUUACGGUCGCAGAUGGUAUGACACUCAACUCGUGGAGCCAAUCGUACUGCAGCGCGAAAUCACUUCCGGUGAUUGUCGAGCGGCUUAUUGUGACGGCGCCGUCGCAAGCAAACCUCGUGCAGAAGAUGCUUGCGGCGAAUGCGACCAGCGUCAGCGUGACCUGCCAAAGUGCAACCUCGACCUUCCUAGUAGCCCUCUUGGCGGCUUGUACGCUAAGUGCGUCGGUUGCCAUCUAUUCCACGUACACGGACCGCGCCACGUACCUCUCUCAGCUCUCGGAGGAUACCUACGUCGAGUGCGAAUGAUGGUGUUUGCUACCCGAGUGAAAACUGAACGUCAAGUCUCAACAUCUGUCGCAUAGCGCCAAACAAAACACGUAUUUUCGCAGUUAACGUAGCCAUCUCGCGGGAGAUCCUUCACUGCAACGCUUUAUACACUCUCUAUCCUAAAAGUAGUAUAUAUUUGCAGAAACAA